CCAAGCCCCGCUGCAGGGCAAGGGGGCGGAGCUGGAGGACUACCAGCGAGAAGGUGUGCAGAAGUUCCGUGCACCUGCGCACUGUUGACACAGGAAGCAAAGAGCGCCAUCUUUGGUGAGGGAACCAGGCAAAGUAGCAGAAGUCAUCGAUUCUGUUGCAGUUCUCGUUCCUUUAGAAAAACAGGAGGGUUCAGUUUGGAUUGCUUCUUUUGAAGCAGUUUCUCUAAAUUGAAGGCAUGAUCCAUUCCCAAGUUGAUGCAUUUUUUUUCCCGCUUCCUUUUGUUCGAGACCAAGUGUCGGUAUUUCCCCCCCUCUUUUGUUGUGUAUUUAUCCUUUAUGACAGUCAACAAAAUCCAUGUCGUUCAGUGGCUCUAAGGUCCACAAAAAGAUUUUUUUAGAUCGGGUAAAUGUGGAAAUCUUGCGGUUUGCUACAUUUCAUGCCUAAAACUGAACAUUUGUGGAUUCGUUCUGGCUUACACAGGCUUCUUCGGUUUGUUGGGGUGGACGUGAACAAAGACGCGCUCUCUCCGACCAUACCUUCCUAAGCCUGUGAAAAGGAAGGCACCAUAAAGAUGAAUACAAUGUUACACACCAACGCCAACCCGUAGGCCCCGCCCCUACGUUCAGCGCAGCCGCUCGUUGCCCUGGCAACCGCUUGGGCUUUUGGUCUGAGGCAACCUCAGGCGGGGGUCGUGGUGGUCAGGGAUUAUAGCACAUGAGAGUUUCAACAGUGUUUUGUAUUAUGACUUCUCAAGAGAAAACAGAAGAACAUCCCUUUGUGGAUAUAUUUAAUGAAGAUGAAACUGAACAAUGUUUUUUGUUGUCCCGACCUCUUCACUUUGUUGUACUUGGGAAACCAGGUGUUGGGAAGACAACAUUAGCCAGCAAAUUAGCACAUGCAUGGAAAUGUAUUUGUGUUGAAGGUUUAUCAGUUUUAGAAGAACGGAUUGCCACCGGGACAGAAUCAGGAAAUAUGUUGCAGUCAAUACUAAUCAGUGGUCACAGCAUUCCAGAUGAAGUUGUUACAAAGCUGAUGAUAGAGAAGCUCAGCUCCUCAGAAGUCUCUCAUUUUGGUUAUAUUAUCACUGAGAUACCAUCACUUUCACAGGAUGCCAUGACUACUUUGCAGCAAAUAGAAUUCAUUAGAAAUGUAAAUUUGAAUCCUGAUAUUAUAAUCAAUAUUAAGUGUCCUGACUAUGAUUUAUGCCAACGAGUAUCUGGGCAGAGACAGCACAGUACCACGGGGUACAUUUACAGUAGAGAUCAGUGGGAUCCUGAAGUCAUUGAGAGUCGUAGGAAGAAGAAGAAAGAUGCCCAAAAAGAAAGGAAUAUUGAAGUGGAAGGAGAAGAGGAAGAAGAGCAAGAAGAAGAGGCAUAUAUUGCUGAAAUGCAGAUGAUAGCUGAAAGUCUUCAACAUCUAGUUCAGAGGCCUGAGGAUUAUUUGGAAAAUGUUCAGAACAUUAUUAAGCUUUAUAAGGAAACAGCUCUUCCUGCUUUAGAAAAAGUAAUGGCUGAACAUGAUCCCCAGUACCUCAUUGAGCUGGAUGGAAAUAAGUCUCCCGAAGAGCUCUUCAUGAUGGUAAUGGAACGACUUAGAUAUCUGAAUCUAAAAAGAGCGGCUGUGUUAACCAAACUUCAAACUGCAGAGGAAGAAGUUAAUGACAUUAUGGAAACUGAAGAGCUGUUCCGUACUCUUGCAUCUUGUAAACUUAUUGCAGCAAGAUACAAAUGGCAGAGGAGCCGAUGGGGGCGUAUAUGUCCUGUGGCUUUAAAGGAAGGUAACAUUAUUUCAGGAUUACCUGAUUUUUCUGUGAGUUUUCUAGGUAAAAUAUACUGUCUGUCAUCAGAAGAAGCAUUAAAAACAUUUUUAUUGAACCCACGUCCCUAUCUUCUUCCACCUAUGCCAGCACCACCAUGUAAAGUAUUCAUAUUUGGACCUCAGUAUUCAGGGAAAACAACACUCAGCAAUUUGAUUGCAGAAUAUUAUAAAGGAAAGGUAGUUGACUAUGCCACACUUGUUCAACCACGUUUUGAUGAGGCUCGUGAAGCAUUAAUAAGAAAUACUAUAGCUCGGGCCACUGAAGCAGCUAUUAAUGUUGUGGAAGAAAAGCUUCUCACAGAACUACGAGCUAAAAGACAAGCUGAGAAAACUUUAAGAGAACUUCAAAAUCAAUUUGGAGAGAAGGCAUUUGAAGAGUUUCCAGAGUAUGUGUCUAAAGGCUUAGGAGAAUUGCACUCUUCAGUUGAUGAAGGAGCACAUUCUCAAGAAUCUCAUAGAGACAGUGCUCUAGAGGACACAUUAGAAAGCAGAACAAAGUCAGAAGAUGCUCUUGAUGAUCAAACUGCUAAUGCUGAUAAAGACGCCUCAAUAGAAGACUCAAUAGAGGAGGUAACUUCAGAUCACCCAGAAGUUAUUUCCAUGCUUGAGGAAACUCUAAAAAUGACAAAGGAUAUGAACUUUGAACAACCUUAUGAAAAGCAUGCCGAAAUCUUAGAGGAAGUCCUCAGAGAGGUAGUAGAAGAAAACAAGAAGAGAUUUGCUGGUGCUCCAAAAUUUGGAGGCUGGAUUGUGGAAAAUUGCCCUGUUAUAAAAGAACUGUGGAUGGUCUUAACUGAGAAAGGAAUUGUACCAGAUUUGGUAAUCUGUUUAUCAGACACAGAAAACAAUGGAAAAUGUUUAUUUAAUAGGAUAUAUUUACAAAAUAAGUCUGAAAUUGACUCUAAGAUUUUAGAAAGAUUGUUAAAUGAGCUACAAGACAAAAAGGAAGAAGCAGCAGCAAGAAAGGCUAAAGAAGAGGCAUUGAGAAUAGAAGAAGAAAAACAAAGACUACUGGACACUAUGCACGAAGGAGCAAAAGAAGCUGAAGAAGCUGAUAAUGAAGCUGAAGAAGAAAUUGAUGGUGAGGAGUCUGAAUUCAGAGGAGAGUCUGAAGCACCUGAAGUAUCUGAAAAUCGAGAGUCAUUAUUACAUGAAGAGUCUGAAAUGUCUCAAACCCACAAAACAGAGCAUGAAUCAGCCAUAGAGCCUAGUGAGGAAACUGCAAUGGAAGCAGAAAUUCUGAAGGGAUCUAAAGAGGGUCUGGAAACUGAAGAAUUAUUUGAAACAGUUGUACUACCCAAGUUUCCAGAAGAUGCUUAUCCUGAUACUCCUGAAAUGGAGCCUUUUAAAGAGAAGAUUGCUUCUUUCAAGAGCACGUGGAAACAGCUGGAACCCCUCAUUAGCGAAUCUUUCAUUCCAAUUUUAAAGUUGGAAGUUGCCAACAAAACACCAAAGGAACUACUUCAAAAAGUGGUUGAGACUAUGGAAAAACCAUUUCAAUAUCGUGCAUUUGAGUUAACCGUAGAAGAUUAUGACGAAGAAGCAGAGGACUAUCCAGCUGAAGCAGAAGAUGAAGUAAUAGAAGAAGAGGAAGAAGAGGAAGAGAAUGAAGAAGGAGCUAAAGAGAAACGCAGGCAUUUGGGAGACACAAAGCAUUUUUGUCCAGUGGUUCUCAAAGAAAACUUCAUCCUACAGCCAGGUAACACAGAAGAAGCAGCUAAAUAUCGAGAAAAAAUUUACUACUUUUCAAGUACUGAGGCUAAAGAAAAGUUUUUGGAGCAUCCUGAGGAUUAUGUGGCUCAUAAAGAACCAUUAAAGGCACCUCCACUGAGAAUAUGUCUUCUGGGACCUCGUGGAUCUGGCAAAACAGUAUGUGGAAGACAGCUGGCAGAAUAUUUUGGCAUUUUUCAUAUUCAGUUUGAAGAAUUUCUUCAGGAAAAACUAUUGCUCAAAACUGGAAAGAAAUUUGGACCUGAAUUUGUGGAAGAGUCUGAGGAAGAGCAAGCUGUAAAACAAGAACUUGAAGAAUUAGCAACUCAGGCUAAUAUUAAACUUGAGGAAGAAAACACAAAGAAGCAGCCUUCAGAAGUACAACUUACAGAAGAAGAAGAAACAACAAAAUCAAGUCUAAUAGAUAAUGAACCAUUGCCUUCUGAAAUUCUUGAAGUAAUUCUUUCUGAAUGGUGGCAUAAAGAACCAAUAUGUUCCACAGGCUUUAUCUUAGAUGGUUUCCCACGGUUCCCAGAAGAGGCUCAGUUUCUGGGAGAGCACGGAUUUUUCCCGGAUGCUGCUGUUUUUAUACAAGUUGAUGAUCAAGAUGUUCUUGAUCGUCUCCUUCCUUUCCAAAUUGAAAAGUGGAAGCUGAAACAACAGAAGAAAUCAGAAAGGAAAAAACUCAUUAAAGCCCUGAAGGCAAAAAUCAAGGAGGAUAUGAUUGCUAAAAGAAGAGCUGAACUUAUUUUAGAGAGAGAAAGAAAAAAGAAAGAGAUGGUUGGUGUUAGAGAAGAUGAUGAAAUUAGUGAGGAAGAGCCUGAUGAGGAUGAUGAUGAUAUUGAGAAUAUCCUUGAAGUGUUUACAAAAGAUGAAGAAGAGAUGAGUGAGGAAGAUGAGCAAGAAAUUGAUGCAGUUGAGCACCUGAGAAGUGAACUGGGAGAAAAAUUUGACACAGAUAUGACUAAUUUACAAAUGAUACAGGAAGAAUUUGAGAAGUUUUUGAUACCAAUAUUUUCUGUUAAUGGAGCUCGAAAAAUCCAUAUUGUACAAUAUACAUUGACUAUGAAACUGAAGCCACUGGUGGAAAAUCGUGCAAGCAUUUUUGAAACAUGUAAUGCAAUAUCAGCACACCUUGCCCAGAAAAUGGUUGCCUUGACCUACAAAUAUAUAAGCUCAUUUGGCUAUUGGGACCCUGUAAAGCUAAGUGAAGGAGAAACAUUUCAGCCAAUUGGGAAUACAGAGAAUCCAAUUUAUCCUGUAAUCCACCGCCAGUAUAUUUAUUUUUUAUCUAGUAAGGAAACUAAAGAAAAAUUCAUGAAGAACCCCAUAAAAUAUAUCCGCCAACCCAAACCUAAGCCUACUAUGCCUGUUAGGAUUAUAAUUGUGGGGCCUCCAAAAUCUGGGAAAACUACAGUUGCUAAAAAGCUUGCAAGUGAAUAUGGCUUAAAACAUUUGUCAGUAGGCGAAGCUUUGAGAACCGUACUGAGCCACCACCCAGAAACACAGCUAGCACUCAUGUUGAACUGGCAUCUUUAUAAGGGAAUGACAGUGCCAGAUGAGCUAAGUGUUCAAGCCUUGGACCUUUCUCUGAUGGACAGUGCAUGUAAUACUGCAGGUGUUGUUAUUGAUGGAUACCCUGUAACCACACACCAAAUGGAUCUCUUGGAAAAGAGGUCAAUCAUUCCCAUGAUUGUCUUUGAGUUGGAUAUACCUUCUGAGGAGAUUUUCAGAAGAUUGAUACUGGAAAAAAAAUAUGAAUCAAGUUUGCCUUAUCCAUUACACAAUAGUGCACAGAUUAUAGCUAUCAAGAAUGCAGUGUGCCAUAAAAAUAUUGGUGCAAUUAAGCAAUAUUAUCAAGAACAGCAUCAGAACUGGUAUGUGAUUGAUGGAUUUCACAGUAAGUGGUGGGUAUGGAAUGAAGUCAUUAAGACCAUUCAAAUGGUGAAUAAGCAUAUGCAGAAAUACCUGGAAAGAAUAAAAGAAGGAAAAGCUGCCUGCAUUGACAAGUUAUGUAUCACACCUCAAGAGCUGAUUUCUCGCCUGGGAGAAUUUGGACAGUUCUGCCCUGUGAGCUUGGCAGAAUCAUAUGAAUUAUUUGAUUGCUCUGAAAUCACCUCCUUGGAAUUUGCAGCAGAAUUUAGGGGGCAUUAUUAUAAAAUGAAUUCGCAGGAAAAACUAAAUAAAUUUUUGGAGAACCCGGAAUUGUAUGUGCCUCCCUUAGCACCUCACCCACUACCAUCUGCUGACAUGAUCCCCAAAAAGCUAACACUGUCAGAACUGAAGAGUCGAUUUCCAAAGUGUGCUGAGCUCCAGGGCUACUGCCCAGUGACCUAUGAAGAGGGAGCACACAGAUAUGAAGCUCUAGUACCUGGUAACAGUAACUUUGCUGUUGAGUAUCGUGAUCAUCUAUAUAUUUGUGAGAAUAAAGAAAAACUCCAGAAAUUUUUGAGGUCGCCACUGAAGUACUGGGAUCAGAGGCUUCCACACAAACUUCCCCCAUUAAAGGAACCAAUGAUACUUACUAGUCUUCCUUUACCUGGAUAUCUUGAACAGGGUAUUGCAACUUCUCUAAUUAAAGCAAUGAAUGCAGCAGGGUGCAUGAAGCCCAAAUUUCCCUUCUUAAGUAUACGGAGAUCUGCACUGCUCUACAUAGCAUUUCACCUAAAAGCAUUUAAUCCCAGAAGUUCUGAAUAUACAAGAAAGAAGUAUAAGAAGAAGAUGGAACAGUUUAUGGAGAGAUGUGAACUCAUAACAUACCUCAGUGCCAAUAUGACCAGAAAAUACAAGGAACCUCAGUUUAGAGCCAUUGACUUUGAUCACAAACUAUGGACUUUUCUUUCUCUAAGGAAUUUAGACCCAAUUAGUAUAUAGUCUGUUUACUACAAACUGAAUCUCGUGUUACCUCCAAGUGAUAGAGGGAAACUUAAACAAUCAGAUUGAAGACUGACCUUCUCUGCAACACAGCUCCCCGAUAAGUGAUGUUCUAGGGUUGUCUGCUUCAGACAGACUUAGCCUGGCCAACCAAGGCAAGGUUCUCUUUUAUAAGCAUAAAUUUUAAUGUAGUUUUAAAGUUUAUUGCUCUUUGCUUGAAUUUUGUUGCUUAAAAAUAGACAUUCAGAAUUCCAUUAAGGAUAUUUAAAUAAUAUCUAAUAAAUUUAUUAUUUAUUUUCUGUUUUAACACUUUAGUAGAAUAAUCAACUCUGGUAAGGAAAACUUUUAUUCCUUAAAUUUCAUAGUUUCAAGAAACAAAAUUAACAUUGAUAUAAAUAAAACAGAAAUAUUCUUUAUACUUUUUACCUAAGAAAUUAUAAACUUUUUAAACAUAAGGCACUAUCAUUUUCCCAACAUAAUAAAUAGAUUUUCUAAUACCUAUUUUUAUUUAAAAAUUCACCAAAGCAUGUUUUGUACUUUAUUUUAUGUCUAGAAAUUACCUGAUGUUUAAAAGUUAAAAUUGGAGGAACAUUAUUGUAUGGCAUCUAUAAAAUCUAUAAGCUAAUGAUCAGGUAUGGUGGCACACACUUGUAAUCCCAGAUACUUGGGAGGCUUAGGAUCACAUGUAUGAGAUCAGCAUGGGUAACUUAGACCUUAUCUCAAAAUAUAAUAGAAAUGGGUAGGAAUGUAACCCAGUGGUAGAGUGUUUGCCUAGGUUUUCUUGGUACUUCAAGAAAAAAUGUAAAAAUGAAGUUUGCUCUAGAGAAAAACAAUUGAAUUUGAGAUUUUACAAGUAAGAUUAAAUUUUGCAGCAGCAAUGUAAAAAAUCCAGACAGCUAAAAUAUGAAAUUGACUCUAAAAAAUUAAAAUGACCAUGAAUUGUAUAACCUUCUUUGAACCUGUUUUCUUUUUUAUUUUAAAGAGGAUAAAAUGUAAUAAAACCAAUCAAAACAAACCAAUGUAAGGGAUACAGGACUUCAAAACAUUACAAAAUCAAUGACAGUUACCAUAAUGCCUCUUGAUGUCUUCAAAACAGCUGCAGAUAACUUCAGAUAUAGUAAAAAUCAAACAGAAGAGAACAGAAUAGAAACAAUAAAAGCAAAACAAUGAAUGCAAUAAAGGAUUUCAAAAUAAGCCAAUAAUCUAAAAUUUCUACCAUAAUAUAUCUUUCUAUCUUUGAAAUAGCUGCUCCGACCAUCAGAUUAACAUAAUCAAUCAAAAAAGGAUGAAACCCAACCCAACAAAACAAUGGAAAUGAUAUAGGACCUCAAAAUAAGACCAUAAUUAAUUCACACUGGCCAAAACUCUCAGGAGAUCUCCCGGAAGCCAUAUUGCUUACCACUAUCAUCUGAACCUAGAGUUAGGGUUAGGGUUAGGGUUUUAAGGUUCAGGGUUGCAUUUCAGGACUCCAAGUGAAGGUCAGGCAGGCUGAGACGAUGGAUGGGCCAUGGGCCAUCCUUCAAAUGUGGGCUGAUCUGCCCAGAAAUGCCCUGGGAAGGAGGGAGCCAGGCUUUGGGCCUUCUUUGGCUGGGCUCCCUCAUUUCAUCUCACCUCUCCUCACCUCAAGGCCUCAGGUGAGUGGGAGUGUCCUUCCUUCCAUAUCUAUUCUCUUUCACCAGGCACUUUGCCAUUUUCCCUUUUGUUCUCUGCUCUGGUCCUCACCACUGUGACUUGGCCUCACCAAUGCCAUCUCUCUUGAGCCCCACACUGAACCAACCCCUGUGCCUUAUCUGGACCCCACCACGGAGGAGGGAGGGAAUAAUGGAAAAUCACUCUGGAUCUGUGUAAGUCCUGUGAGUAAAGCAGCAUGAGUUUGAUGACCCGCCAUACCCCCCAGGAGAGAGAAAAAUCAACGCUCACUCGACCAAAGGAUCAGAGGGAGAGGGCUGUGGUGUCUGUGUCUCUGUUGACCCAAAGUCAAUGUCAGAUCCUAACUAAAAUCUCAUUUCCUAUGGGAUGUCUUUCUUUUUUGGGUUAGGGUUAGGGUUAGAGGGUUAGGGAGAUACACACAGAGAGAUGAAUAGAGGCAAAGAGACAGAGACAGAAUGAGAAACAAAAGCAAAAACAAGCAAACAAGCAGGUCUUACAACCUACUUCAGCAGUACUGCCUUGAAGUAGAACUCUCCAUAGAUUGCUUCUUAACAAUGCCAACCUUUAUAGAGCACCACAAUCUGAGGCCAAGUCUGUAUCACAAGACCCAUGACAUUCUAGAACCAAGCAAUGGUAGGAAGACAAGAAUAAAAAUAUGGCCUUAUUCUGAACAGCCCAGGAUCAGAUGGGCUUAAAGGAAUCAAGUCUUUAGUCAGAUAAAAGUCGAAGAACAAAUUAACAUAUUUUAAAAAACUUUUUCAUAAACAAAAGGCAAUAAACUUUCCAAUGUAUUUUCAUUUUCUUUUUUAUUGAUGAAUACAGUGCAUAUACUCAAAAAAUAAAGGAUAUAAAAUCCAUUUUAAAUCAACUGCUCUGAUAUCAAAACAACAAAUAUAUUUCAAAAGAAGUUAAAAUUAUUAUCAUUUAUAAAUAUAGUAAAAUAUCCUAAAUAACUUAAAAUUUACCAUGAACAGUGAUAGAACUGUGCGUGCAGCGGCUGGAAAGAUAAGAAGUAUGAAAUAUAAAUGACCUUUAAGAAUGCGGGGAGAGACCCCCGAUCCCCUUGGGUGCGGCAUCUCCCCCCAGGGUCAGCAAUCUCUCUGUGGGACAUGUGGAGUGAAGACAUACAUGUAGCUUAGGUUUGGGGUGGAGCCUGAGGGGGCAUUAGGGAUGCAUAGGUAGUCCAUUGGCACUUGUUUGGCUCCAGGGGCAAAUUCCUAGGGGUGGGGAAGAUAGGGCCACAGGUAAAUUCCUAGGGGUGGGGGAAAUGGAGCCCCUUGGUUUCCCCUGAGGUUUUACCAGCUACAGAGUCUUGUCUGGGCCAAAACUCUUUCAAACAGUAUAUUAAAAGAUUAUAUUAGGUUAAAAUGUAUUAAAAUAGUGUAUAAAUGUAUACUCAUAUUAAUAUAGUGAUACACUCAGUGACAUUUCUGUCAAUGACAGACCAUGUACAUAGCGGUGGUUAUUCCAGAUGAUCAUAUUAUCUAAUUGAGUCAUAGUCAUCCUAUUCUGUGCAAGUGCACUCUAUGAUAUUUGCAAAAUGACAGCAGUGCUUAGUGAUGGAUUUCUAAGAACAUACACCACUGUUAAAAGGUACAUGACUUUAGUUGGAAAAAGUACAAAUCAGCUGAGUGUGGUAGAAGACAUUUGUAAUCCCAGUGUCUCAAGAGACUGACACAGAAGGAUUGCAAGUUUGGAGUAAAUGAUUUCUCUUGUGUAGUUACAAUAAAAAAAAAUCUGACAACCAUCUACAAAUAACACUGAUAGUGUUAAGAUAAUUCUAACUGUAUGUAUUGCUAUUUAAGUAGUAUGAGGUUUUGGGAAAAAUCACUCAUUAAUCUAGUGUAUUCAUUUUACAAGUAUACUUUGAAUUCCUUAUGCCUCUUGUUCAGAGAGUAGUAAUAUUAAUGCAUGAGUAUAGAAUCAUUUUGAAGUAAAUUAGAUGAUAAUUAUGUGACUACAAAUAAUUGGCUUGUAUAAAUUCUUUGGACACAAACUAUUUCAUAAAUACUGGCAACUAAUGAAUGAAAGGAUAUCCCAGGAAACAAAUUAAAUACUUGUACAUAGUCUCACUAAUGAAAAUGAAUCAAAGGUUUCAUUUUCAGUUUUCAGUUGAAUUAUUCUGAGGGUUUCUGAUAAAAGCUGCACUUGAUUAGCAUAAUGACAAAGUAUUUCAAAACCAAAAAAGACAAUUUCCUUCACAUUAUCAAAAAAAAUAUGUCUGAAUAAUCUAGGAAACAUUUCAUCAACAGAUGAAAUUAAACUUCUACCAACAGUUGUUUCUUCCAAAAAAAGCAGUAAACAGUAACAAUACAAAGCCUUUAUCAGUACAUUAAACAGGAGACUGUAGAAACUGUACUGAGCUAUUUCUUGGAAACUGGAAAAAGUCUCAGCUAAACUUUGACUUGGUCAGAGUUCCAAGAAUGCUGUAGACUAAAUUAGCUCUAUAAACUUUGAUGUUCAAUUCAUCAUUCACACAAAAUUGCAAGACUAUGUCAAGUUCUUUUAACUGUUACCUGGUACAAUUUUCUUCUCUUUUCUUUAACCCAUCCAUGCAAAAUUGCCCUUCCCUCAGAGUGAAUCAAAAUUAAGCACACACAGAUGUGCCACUCAGUACUUUCUACUUGACAAUAUUUAGAGGAAGGAGAAUUUACACCUUUGUUGAAUCAGAAAAGAGAAGAAUCAUCUGGCACUAACUGAAACAAAGUCCACACUACAGAGAAAAUAAAGAUGAACUUGUCUUUCCUAUGCAAGUUCAGUGUUUGCACUUUCAUUAGCUAAGACAAACAACUCCUACCUGUGGUGUUUUCUUAUUCUAUUGAACCCCUUUCUAAUUAACAACCAUUAAGAUUCACCCCUGUGGUGGCUUUAGCCUUUGCCUACUUAAAAGUAGUUGAAAUGUUCCCUUUCAUUAGAAGCAGCAUAGAAAGAGAAAAAGGGCCAUGGCCUUUUGGUUACUAAUGGCCUUAUUACAGACAUUCCUUACUUCAUAAUUGCUGGCACAUCAAAAUAAAUGGGUAUACGGCUUUCUAGACUGGGUGGGGAAGAAAUAAAGCAAACAAAUUGCAACAGCCUGUCUACUUUCUUUGCACAUUAAAGAAGAUUUAGCCAAUCAAACUGAGUGACUUAUUUUCCUCUUAGAAAAGUUUGGAAAGUUCUUUGAAGGCAUCUAGUGAAAACAUUUCAGGGAAGACAAGUUUUUGCUGUGAUUAGUUUUCACUGUUAUUCCUUUUACCGAAGAAAACAGUUAGCCACAAUCUAAUUUGGUUAGUAUUUGUUCUGUACUCUUGGUUUACUUAUGGUUUUGUUAUUCCUUGUCUAGAAGAGUAGUGAAAAUUAUUUCCAAAUGCUAGUGUCAUUUUAGUUGGAAGCUUUUCUUCAUAAUCUUUUUUACUAAUUUUUAAUUUUUAUUAGAUAUGCUUGCAGUAAUAGUGAUUAUCUUCAGUUUGGUGAACGAGUACCUGUAUAUCAUACAUCUUAAUUAUU